AUGAUCUACGACCUCAACAUUGCGUGGUCCCCUUCCACAACUUCUGAACGUCUCCUCCAAACUCUCUCUCUCGCCUCUUCCCUUGGGUACUCCACAGUUGCCCUUAACCACACGCUGGAGCUUCCAGUACCCGCGAAUCCUAAAUCGCCCUUCCCAUCAGAGCUCGAGUCCUCGUCUUCGCGAACACUUCCUACGUUGCUGCACCGUGCCACCCUUGCCCUCGACGACCCAGCCGCCUCGAAUUACCGCCUACCAACGCUCGCAAACGCGUAUGAUAUUCUCGCCGUUCGGCCGUUGACGGAAAAGGCAUUUCAAAAUGCUUGUCUCACUCUUGACAUUCCCAUCAUCUCCCUCGAUCUUACCACGUACUUUCCCUUUCACUUUCGCCCCAAACCAUGCAUGGCUGCCGUAAGCCGUGGGGUUCGUUUCGAAAUAUGUUACGCCCAACUUCUUGCCGCUGACAACCGCGGCCGCGCAAACUUCAUCUCCAACGCAACCAGCAUCAUUCGGGCCACCCGUGGGCGUGGCAUCAUGAUUAGCAGCGAGGCCAAGACAGGACUUAGUCUACGUGGCCCGGCAGAUGUGGUUAAUCUUCUGAACGUGUGGGGCCUGGCGAACGAGAAGGGCCUCGAAGGCUUGCGAUCUAUCCCCCGAAGCGUCGUUGUCAACGAAGGAAUGAAGCGGAAUGGCUUCCGUGGCGUCAUCAAUGUCAUUCAAGCGGCGUCGACAGAUGAUAACGAUACGAAUAAGCCAUCCUCGGGCGACAAUGAAACGAGUGCAGGAACGGACACUGGCCGAAGUGGCAAUAAAGCAAAGAACCAAAAACGCAAGAAAGGGGAAGAAGAUGGACAGUUUGUCAGCAAGAGACAAGCAAAGAAGUUGAAAUUAGCCGCUCGCGCAGCUGGACCUGACAAAACGCCGGCUUCAUGA